GAACCACUAUACGUAAUGGAGCCUCUCUUGUUCUCAAUUUGUGUCAUCGUUUUCACUCUGGUUUCCCUAUUUGUUUACAACGCAAAGUCCCAUGGAAAAUCCAAGAACCUUCCACCUGGUAGUUUCGGGUGGCCCUUCAUCGGAGAAACCUACGAGUUCAUCUUCUCCAACCACGAUAAGUUCAUAAGUGGCAGAAUGCAAAACUACUCUUCCAAAAUAUUCAAAACCCAUCUCUACGGCCAACCUACCGUCGUCCUCUGUGGUCCUUCCGGCCACAAAUUCAUCGCUGCUAAUGAAGGAAAGCUCAUGACCGCAUGGCGCCCAACCGCCACGCGAAAGCUCUUUCAAAGUGCGAUGCCGACAGGUGACUCCAUCGUUUCACGCCAAUCCGAGAUCCAUUUGGUUCGUGCGCCUGUGUUCAUCACUCAAGAAGCUCUGGUGGCUUAUGCUUCGGUCAUGGAUGGUGUGACGAAGCAUCACUUUGAGACGCACUGGUUCGGGAAAUCACAGGUUGAGGUUUUUAGCCUUCUCGAGCUUCUCACAGUGGGCAUAGCCACAAGACUCUUCAUGGGCCUCCAAGAUCUUGAUUGUGUGGCCAAGAUGGCCAAGUGGUUCGGCCAUAUCGCUCAAGGCCUCCACGUUCUCCCGUAUGAGAUUCCUGGGACUACGUUUGGUCGGGCUAUGAAGGGGAAGAGAGCUGUGAUGAAUGAGAUUAUGAAGUUGAUGAAUGAGAAGAGAGAGAGACUGGCCAAAGGUGAGAUGCCAACCGAUAUAUUGUCGUACAUGAUGGUCAGUGCAGAUCCGAGCGGAAAAAUCAGAUCAGAUGAAGAAGUUGCUGAUAAAGUUAUGGGAUUGACUACAGCAGCUUUUAACUCUCCAUGCAUCGCUUUGACGUUCGCCAUGAAAUACUUGGCAGAAAAUCCCCAAGUUUACCAAAGGAUCAGAGAUGAGCAAAUGGAGAUUGCAGCAUCUAAAGAGCCUGGAGAUACUCUGAGCCUGAACGACAUACAGAGGAUGAAGUAUUCAUGGAAUGUGUUGUUGGAAGUGAUGAGAGUGAUCCCUCCUCUUCAGGGGACCUUCCGAGAGGCCAUGUCUGACUUUACAUAUGACGGCUACACUGUUCCUAAAGGCUGGAAGGUGUAUUGGACGGUGAGCUCGAUCAACAAAGACCCAAAAAUAUUUACAGAACCAGACAAGUUUGAUCCAACAAGGUUUGAGGGUGAGAUUCCACCAUUCUUGAAUAUGCCAUUUGGAGGUGGUCCAAGAAUUUGCCCUGGAAAAGAUUUUGCGAAGCUUCAAAUGCUCAUUUAUCUUCAUUACGUCGUCACCUUCUUCAAAUGGCAACUCAUCAAUCUCAAUCCCAAGGUUCUUGCAGCCAUGAACGCCUUACCACUCGAUGGAGUUUGGGUGCGUCUUCAGCGCUGUGCUCAAUAGACGAAGCAGUCCACGAAGCGGCCUCCUUUAUACAUUAAAAACAAAAAAGAUGAAGCAGCCACGGACACAUCCAUCAUAUAUAUGUGUCAUGUGUGUGUACGUAUAUAUAUAAUCUAUACAAAAAAUUAUACUAAUACAAGAAUAAUAAAAAAAGAAAAAAAAAGGGAUAAGAGAGGACAUGCAUGAGUUGUGGAGAUAUUGUAGAGCUUGCAGAAAUAUUUGAAUAAAUCGUGUCGAUAUCUCCCAGUUAAAA